AGAGGAAGAGUUGGUUGUUUUGGCUCUUGUUGUGCCUGAGUGCCAUUUUAACAGCAGAAUACCAGUUUUGAUUGGUACCAAUGCACUGUUAAGACUCCAUGAUAAGUUAUCGGAACGUGACGGUCCAGAUUUCCUUCACAGACUGUGUUCCAGAGAUGUAGCGUUGGUUCUCCAGCACUUGGCUAAACAAAUGGAUGAUUGCCACAUACACCCAGUGAGGUUGCACGGGAAAGUACCAGUCACCAUCCCUGCCAACCACAAGUGUUGUUUAAUGGGCGAUGUUAGGCUGAGAAAGAACACUCCUAACGUAAGUUUUGUCCUUGAACCAAAUGAACAUGACAAGUUACCUGGUGGUUUAUUUCUUGAAACUGCUUUGAUAGACAUCCCUUACAAAGCGAAGAGUAAGGUUCCAGUCGUCUUGCAGAACUUGAGUGGGCACAGUAUUGUAUUGCAACCAGGAAGUACACUUGCCCAGGUAUGUGUAGCCCAGCACAUUUCACCCCUGGCUCCUGUUUCAAAUGCUUCUUCUCAUGACAAGUUUGAUGGAGAGAAGCUAAAGUUUAAUCUUGACGAGUCACCCAUCUCUGAAGAAUGGAAAGAGCGCAUUACCACCAAGCUUAAGUCUAUUUCAGAAGUGUUUGCGGUUGAUGACCUGUCUUAUGGUCAUACCACUGUGGUAAAGCACCACAUUCGGCUGAUCGACGACACGCCGUUUAAGGAACGGUCGAGGCCCAUCCACCCGAAUGACAGAGAAGCUGUCAAGCAACACCUCAAAGAACUGCUUAAUGCAGGGGUUAUUAGGGAGUCAGAGAGCCCCUACGCAUCUCCAAUAGUAGUCGUGCGUAAAAAGGACGGUUCAAUCAGGUUGUGCGUUGAUUACCGGAAGUUGAACGCACGAACCAUUAGGGAUGCUUAUGCCCUCCCAAACAUUGAGGAGACCUUCACGGCCCUUAGCGGUGCCAAGUGGUUCUCGGUCAUGGACCUCAAAUCAGGCUAUUAUCAGGUUGAGAUGGCCGAGGAAGAUAAAGCUAAAACUGCUUUUGUCUGUCCUCUUGGGUUUUACGAGUUUAAUCGCCUGCCUCAGGGUGUUACAAAUGCCCCAAGUAUGUUUCAACGACUGAUGGAGAAGUGUGUUGGGGAUUUGAACUUGAGUGAGGUACUUGUGUUCUUGGAUGAUCUGAUUGUGUUUUCAGACACCCUGGAGGAACAUGAGGUAAGACUCAUGAGGGUGCUGAACCGGUUGAGGGACUUUGGGUUGAAGCUGUCCCCAGAAAAAUGUCAUUUCUUUAGGCCCUCGGUGAAGUACCUUGGCCAUGUGGUUGAUGCCCAAGGAGCAAAGUGGGACCCACUGGCUCAAGUUCAGGUGGCUGGAGUGGUACUGGAGAUAAAGAAGACUCAGAGUUCCCUGGAAGCUCAGGAUUCUCAGAGGGUUUGGGCUGUGCAGGGUUCACAUUCUCCUCUGAUGAUUGGGCCUGCUUUGCAGGGUAUGCAGUCUUGUCAGAAGGUUGGGGCUGCACAGGACCCACUGCCAAUUCUGGAAGCUGAAGGUAUCCAACCUGAAAAUGCCAACCAUAAGUCUCAUUCAGAGUAUGUGAACAAUCUUCGUCAACGUCUGGAGGAGAGCUACACCCUAGCUGCAAAAAACUCCCAGAGGAUCGGAGAAAGGAAUAAAGCUAGGUUUGACAAGAGGAUUAGAGUGGCCGAGCUCUGUGCAGGUGACAGGGUUUUGGUUAGGAACAUGAGUAUCAGAGGUAAACACAAAAUCUCAGACAGGUGGGAACAGAAAGUGCAUGUUGUGGUUAAACGAAUCAAUGAUGGCCCUGUCUAUGUUGUGGAACCUGAGUUGGGAGACGGGCCAAAACGCACCUUACACAGGGAUCUCCUGCUACCGUGUGGGUUCUUACCUGUGGAAGAAAUAGCAGGGAGCAGAUCUCAUGGGCCCUCUAAAGGGAAGAAACUGAGAAACAAAGCCGAAAUAGAAGUACAAUCUUCUGAUGGUCAGGAAGAUGAGGUAUACAGUGAUGAGGACGAAAUGUAUCCAGCUUUUGUGGUUCCAGAAAUAAUAACCAGAGGUCCUUUUAUCCAGACUGAAAGGCAGGUUAUCAUACCUCAGCUGUCCACUGGGGAUGUGCAUUCUAGCUUGCCCCGUGCAGAGCCACAAGACGAGUCACACGCACAAGAAACACCCAGUCAUGUUUCUGAACCUGGACCUUUGUUACACUCAGACAGCAAUGAGGUGACCACAUCUCCCAUUCCAUCUGAUGAAGGUCCAGGUUGGGUUGUUAUUGACAUUCCUGAGCAGACAGAACCUGUUGAAAUGAAUCAAGAGAGCAGCGACACUGCUGAGCAGAGUUCAGAGCCAGAGACAGUAGAGUUGCGGCGUUCUGGGAGAGAGAGACGCCAACCUCGUAAACUAACUUAUGAUGAGUUAGGAUUCCUUCCAAAUGAAGAAGCUGCUGAAUGA